AAAAAUGUUGGUAUCCUACUCGUGCUCCCGAGUGUGUGUAAAUUUACACGAGAAGACUAACUAAUGUAAACCUCGACUUCAGUUAUAAAGUCUGCACGGAUUACUGUGCUUUUCUAUAAUAUACUCUGGUGUUUAAACUGUUUACGGCGUUUAGCAGACGCCCUUAUCCAGAGCGACUGAGAGAAGAGCUUUAGAGUCUCGAUCAGAAACACAUCCUCAUGCUAGUUCACUCGCUCUGGGACUCAGAGCUCCAUCCACAACAUUUAGUCCAAACCAGCACUUUAUUUUAUUGGCGUUAAUUGAAGAAAAUAAAAAAUAAAGAAAGCGAGCCGACUCAAACCCAUAAAUUAAGACAAAUAAAACUAAUCAAACACCUCAGCUGAUGGAGUAUUUAGUGCUCGCUUAUUAUUAUUAAUAUUAUAUAUUGUUAAAUAUUUUAUUGGCAUAGAAAUAAGUCAAAAUUACUUCCACUUCUGUUUUUCAGGCUUUACCCUGAUGGCUCAUUUCGUGCUCCCAGCUGUCGGUGUACUUUACCUUUUAUGGAGUUUUACUCAGUCACUGCAUGUAAAUGAGCUGUAUCAGGAACGCACUUUGCACGUUAAGGUGAUCAGCAUACACACAAGAGUACAAAGAAAAUAAAUAAAUCGGGCAAAAAAUUUAGCUUGGUUUGGCUUAUGCUUUAACUUUACUAAAAGAUUGAUAAAUCAUAAAUAAAUUGAUAAAUGACAAAUACAACAAAAAACCUGUUCAUUUAACUCCCAUUAUUUGGCCUUUUUUUGACCUCCAUUGCAAGUAACGAUUCUUGCAAUGAAGAAUGUAUUUUCUCUCAAAUGUGCCUUUUUUUUUUUUUUAUGACAUACGGAUCAUAUAAGUAAUGCUGACUUUUAUAACAGUUUUAUUCAUAGUUCUGUCACUGAGCAUCAGUGAUCAUUACCUACCUUUUUUCUCCAGCCCUGUGAUUUUGUGGGUUUCCUCUUUUUUUUUUUUGAUAGAACUAAGGCUAUUUCUUAUCUUGCAGUCCUGGGCAAUAUGAUUGUUGACAGGGGUUCUACUCUUAUCUACUCUUACGUAAUGGUCACAAAAAUAACAUUGAUAGCUACUUUUAAUUGCACCAUUUUAUAUCUUAUUAUUUUGAGAUUCUGGAGGAAAAACUAUGACACAUCUCUAACUGUAUUCCUGGGAAAUGUAAAAAUAAUGAUGUCAGUAAGAUGUAAAUUUGGGAUGUGGUUUACGCACACAGAGCGUAUAAAUGUGAGACAUCAGGUGGAUACAGAUGAUAAUGAAAGUGUCACACUAUUUGCUGGGGAGAAAUAGAUAUAUUUUUUUCACUAAGAUUUUUUUUUGUUUGUUUAUGCCUGUGAUUUAGAUCAAUGAAUCUGACAGAAUUGAAUCAGUCCACUCGCUGUGUGCAUUUCUCCUGUCCAGAGAGAUCUGUAUCUCCUGCAGUUUAUAUCUUACUGUACGUGUGUUCAGCUGCUGUGGUUCUUCUAACAGUGUGUGGAAAUCUGCUCGUCAUCAUCUCUGUGUGUUACUUCAGGCAGCUUCACACACCGACCAACAUGCUCGUGCUCUCUCUGGCUGUGUCGGAUUUCUUGGUCGGACUUUUCGUGAUGCCGUUCCAUUUCACGUGGCUGAUCGAGUCUUGUUGGAUCUUUGGACACAUUUUUUGCAUCCUGUUUAAUUUUAUGAGUUUUCAGCUCACGAGUGUGUCUGUAGGAAACGUGGUUCUGAUUGCUCUGGAUCGUUACAUGGCUUUAAGCAAUCCCUUUCUUUACCUGAAGGAUGUCACAUCUACAAUUGUUCACACUCUGAUAUGUUUGUCAUGGGUGUUUUCAUUUGUGUACAACUUUGUGUUUUUUUACGUGAAUGGAAACUUCACAGAUUUAUCGCUGUGUCCAGGUGAAUGUCUGGUCAGUGCUUUAGAUGAAGUCUGCUCGUUAAUCGAUCUCAUGUUCAUCAUCGUCAUUCCUUGUGGUUUAAUGCUCAUUUUAUAUUUCCAGGUCUUUGUAAUUGCGAGGAGGCAUGCAAAUGCUAUACGAGACCUUAAUCAAAACAUGAAAAACGUCUCCAAAAAUGUCUCAGAUGCAAUGAAAUCUGAGAGGAAGGCAGCCAAAGUGCUGGGCAUUCUGGUUUUUGUGUUUCUGGCAUGUUUGGUGCCGUAUUACGUCUGCACUUUAAUAAGCAAUACAGCGUCAUCGUCCAUCAUGAUCAAUAAUAUUUUAAUUCUUUUUUAUCUGAAUUCAUCCAUUAAUCCUGUAAUCUAUGCCCUGUUUUACUCCUGGUUCCAGAAGUGCACAAAAAUGAUUUUAACUUGCAAAAUACUGCACACAGAUUGUUCCUUUGUAAAUGUGCUAUGAAUAAACAGCUGAAUGAAGAACAAAACCCAACCUGGUUUGCAUACCCUGGUUAUGACAUCAUUCCACUACUGUAAAUGGAAAAAAUGAAUAUUAUACCAUAAUUAUUGGCAAGAAAUAAUGCUUUAUAUUAAGAUUCCCUAAACAACUAUCAUUUACUGCAGUAUUAAUAGACUAUAAUAGACUAUAAACUAUAAACUCUUGGCUCCAGGUGUACAUAAUGGAAACUGUUUUCUCACCCUCAGUUAUUAUAAUUAUAUUAUAAUAUAAUUAUUAUAAUAAUUUUAGAUUAUAAUUGAAAUCUGAUUGUACUUCUUAAUGGGAUAAAAAUGGCUAAUUUAAUUUAUUAACUAUUAUUCAAAAAAA